CGCGCAGAGCAUCACGGGAGGUUGUGUUGUCUCUACUCUGCUGACGAACCACUGUCCCAUCUGUCAAAUUUAAAGACAGAAUGGGUCGUGGUUAUAUAGUAGACGAUGCUGUGGAGCGAUAUCUGUCUGCACUGUGUGGACAACCAACAGUCCCAGUCACAGGACUACUUAUUGGACAGAGCACAACCCAGAGGGAUUUUGUCGUCAUGGCAACUCGCACACCGCAGAGGGAGGAGUCUACCACAGCAACCGGAAACUCUGUGGACAAGGACUGGGUGACUGAGCAUGCUCGACAGGUGUCCAGGAUGCUGCCUGGAGGUCUGUCUGUAUUAGGAGUCUUCAUCAUCACUGAGAAUGAUGGUAAAGAAACGCAAGCAACACUCCGACAGCUGGUAUUUGCGGUAGAUAACCUGAUCUCCUCGGAGCAUUUGUGGAAACCUGCAGAUGAUGACGUCACAGAAUGUGUCACACUGCACGUCAACCCCAAAACCCGAAAAACCACCUGCAGAACAUUUGAAGUCAAAGACCCCAAGAGCACGGCCAAGCCUGCAGACUGGAAGUACCAGUGCGGUGUGUGCUCCUCCUGGGUCAUGGUGUCGUGUUGGCUAAAUGUGGACAUGUUGGUACCACUACCAAACAACAGAACCAGUGCAGAAUACAUGGCUACAUGUGUUAAGGAGGGAUUGAAAGCUUGGGCUCAUCAGAUUGACAACAGCGUUUGUUUAAUUGACGGAAAAAAGCUGCCAGAGGACACAGAACUCACAGCAGGGCAGAAGAGGAACGUGAAACAGACGUACACGACUCAACUGCUCAUCAUGCCAGAGGAACUGAGAUCAGCAGAUGUGAUCCAGAGUUGUGGAGGCAGCAUGUCGGUCAGAGGAACAAUCCACAGCAGAGUUUACCUACACAGCAACAAGCCAAAGUCCAAACUGGCUGAGAAGCUGCUAAAGAGAGAUGUGGUUUCUACGGUGGCCACAAGGGUUCAAAUGCUUAUGGAGGAGCUGCAGGCGUCAGAGGAGGAGAGCAAGAGCAGAGAAACGCAGCUGACUGAACAACUCCCUCGUCGUGUCUUCUGUCCUGUCAAAGCGACUGGACCAUUGUGUGUGUGUGACUACCAGUUCAGUGACGAGGACCUGUGUGAGGUGACUGACAGGCUGAAAGAGAUGCUCGACAUCGAUGCAGCUGAAGAAGACUUGGACACCAGGCAGGAGAUGACUGCUGACAUCGCAGAGAGCAGAGUUAAAGAAGAGGCAACUGUGGAAACUGUCAACGCUCUGGAGCCAAAGAGAAAAGGCUUCACUGGUGUUGCCAUAGCUACUGCCGCCGCCGUACUUGCCGCUGCUGCCUCAAUGCUCUAUCUCAAUGACGUCUGACAUGUACAAACUGGUACAAACACGCACCAGAAUAAAGUGUUUUUGUGUUGAA